GGUGGCCCCACGGCGCUCAGCUCCGCGCGGAGAAGACGCAGCGCUGGAAGCACUAAGCACCGCGGGAGCCGCGGCCAGGCGAACAGAUCCAGGGCCCACAUGGAGGAGUAGAAGAUGAAGCCUACCCCCACAGGCUCCUCCCCAGAGGCCUGCAAAGCCACCAACCAAGGCGAUAAGAGCUGCCCUGUCUGCCGCGCCUGGGGAGGGGUCUCAGGCCUAGGGUCUGACUUAGGGUAUCAGUCAGGACCCAGAAUGGGGACUGGUAUAAUGCCAGGGUCUAGGAUGGGGCCUGGUGGUAUUCCAGGGCCUAGACCAGGACCUGGUGCAGUACCGGGGUCUGGGUCAGGGCCUGGUGCAGUUCCACAGCCUGCACCAGGGCCUGGUUUAAUGCCAGAGUCUGGAUCAGGGUCUGGUGCUGUCCCAGGGUCUGGUCCAGGGCCUGGUGUAGUACCGGGGCCUGGGCCUGGACCUGGUGUUGUCUUAGGGCCUGUGCUGGGGCCUGGUGCUGUUCCAGGGCCUGGGCCUGAACCCGGUAUUGUGCCAGGUCCUGGUGUUGUCUCAGGGCCUGCGCUGGGGCCUCGUGCUGUUUCAGGGCCUGGGCCGGGACAUGAUAUUAUCUCAGGGCCUGGGCCUGGGCCUGGACUUGGUACUGUUCCAAGACGUGAACCUGGACCUGGUGCUGUUGCAGGGCCUGGGUCGGGGCCUGGUGCUGUCAUAGGGCCUGGUACAAUGCCAGAAUCUCGGUCAGGGCCUGAUGCUCUCCCAGGGCCUGGGCUGGGACCUGGUACUGUUCUAGCACCUGGACAAGGGACUAGUAUGGUUCCAGGGCCUGGGCUGGGUCUGGGGCCUAGACCAGGAGCUGGCUCAGUAGCUGGGCCAGGAACUGCACCAUUACCUAAGCCGGGCCCAGAGUCAAGGACUGGGCCCAAACAGGAGUCUGGAGCUGGGCCCAAACCCAAGGAGCCAAUGACAUCCCGAACACCAGCACCACAGCAGAAGACUCAGGCCAAACCCACCCAGGCUCCUAGGCGGAAGGUUCUGGUGACGGGAGGAGGAGGCUACCUGGGCUUUAGCCUGGGUUCUAGCCUGGCCAAGCACGGCACCUCUGUCAUCCUGCUCGACCUUUGCAGACCCCAGUGGGAGCUGGCUCCAGGGACUGAGUUCAUACAGGCUGACAUCCGAAACGAACGAGCCCUCUACCGCGCGUUUGAAGGGGUGGACUGUGUCUUCCACGUCGCCUCCUAUGGAAUGUCUGGUGCUGAGAAGCACAUGGACCACUAUUCCCGAACCAAAGCCAUCGCCGACCAGUUGACCCUGAUGGCCAAUGGAACGCCUCUUCCAGGAGGAGGCACUCUGCGGACAUGCGUGCUCCGGCCCCCAGGCAUCUACGGGCCUGAAGAGCAGAGGCACCUGCCCCGAGUGGCGAGCCACAUCAAGAAGAGGCUGUUCACGUUCCGAUUUGGGGACCGCAGGACGCGGAUGAACUGGGUCCAUGUGCACAACCUGGUGCAGGCACACGUGCUGGCGGCCGAGGCCCUCACUGCGGCCAAGGGCUUCGUGGCGAGCGGGCAGGCAUAUUACAUCAAUGACGGGGAAAGUGUCAACCUCUUCGAGUGGAUGGCCCCACUGUUUGAGAAGCUGGGGUACAGCCAGCCCUGGAUCCAGGUGCCUACUUCCUGGGUUUACCUGACAGCCACAGUGAUGGAGUAUCUACACCUGGCCCUCAGGCCCAUCUACAGCAUCCCACCACUGCUCACCCGGAGUGAGGUAAGUGGGCUGGCUGCCUGGGGAGCCCCUGUGCCCUGGGAUCCCCUCACUUCCCUUCCCGCCCCUUCCGCACACCACCACCGCCUCCACCCCUCAUCCCUUCAACACCAUGGCUCAGUGCUUGUUCAGAAUCUUCUAGUAGGCCCAAACCUCAUGAUGGUUCCUUUGGAAUCAUUCCAACCUCCAGGCUUUUGCUUACGCUGUCCCCUCUGGGUCUGCAUUGCCACCAUUCCAAGCCCAUCCCUUCUUGCUGUUAUUUCAGUCAUAAGCAGCUUCAUUCAUUUCAUUCAUUCCCAGCCAGACUGGAGGCUCCCAGAGGCAGGUUCCAUGAUGUUCACUUUUCUGAACACCACCACUUGUCACAAACCUCGCCAACUCUCAACACAUACACCCACAGCCUGGUGGUUCUAGGCUCACUUCUUACUUAUUAUUAUUACUUAUUAGUAAGAAGUACCUAUUGUGUACAGAAUACUAUUCUCCAGUGCUAGUGAUGAUACAGCUUUAUAUUUCUUAGGACAUACAGUUUAAAAGAGAUGUUUUAAUGCAGAUUGUAAACAGUAAAGCAACAAGGUAGUGUUGGUGGUGUUACUUGCAAAACACUUCCAGUCCACUGUCUCAUUUAAUUCUCUCUGAUGUCCCCUAAGUUACCAGUUGCCACUAAGUCAAUUCCGAUUCAUGGCAACCUCAUGUGUGUCAGAGUGGAACUAUGCUCCAUAGGGUUUUCAGUGGCUGCUGUUUCAAAAAUAGAUUGCCAGGCCUUUCUUCCAAGGUGCCUCUGAGUAGACUCAAACCUGCAACCUUUCUGUUAGCAGCUGAUCGCACUAACAGCACCACCCAGAGACUCUGUCCCCCAAGUUAAGAAGGGCAAAAAGAUUAUGAGCUUCUUGUUACAAUGAGAAGCUGAACACUGGAAAGGUCAGUGACUUGUCCAAGGACACACCGUACUGGGAUCCACUUCAGACUCCAAAUCCAGAGUUCUGUAACUCUGGUGUGGAGCAGGGGUGGGGUGGGGUGUGGGUCCCGAGAAAGAAGCAAUUACCUAUUACUUCUCUUUUGAGCCACCCAAAGGCAACAGAGGAGGGAGAAAAAUAGCAGUGACCAUUUACUGAGUGGUAACUAUAUGCCUUUUCUUUUUUUUUUAAACUAUAUGCCAGGCACUGUGCUUUAUCUCAUUUAAUCUUCACUACUACUCUUUUGGAGUGCUGGUGGUGCAGUGGUUAAGUAAUAUGGCUGCUAACCAAAAGGUCCACGGUUUGAAUCCACCAGCUGCUCCUUGGAAACCCUACAGAGUCAGUUCUACCCUGUCCUAUAGGGUCACUAUGGGUUGGAAUCCACUCAACAGCAAUGAGUUUUACUACUCUUUAAGGUGUAGAUUCUAUUCUCAUCUCCCUUUACAGAGGAGGAAAUGAGACACACAGUGGUGAAAUAACCUGCCCAUGGAAACCCUGGUGGCGUCGUGGUUAAGAGCUACGGCUGCUAACCAAAAGGUGGGCAAUUCAAGUCCACCAGGUGCUCCUUAGAAACUCUAUGGGGCAGUUCUACCCUGUCUUAUAUGGUUGCUGAGUCCCUCUUGAUCACUCCAGAAGUGGCAGCACUGGGCUGGGAUUUAAAUGCACGUGGAAGGGAUUUUCAGCUCAGCGAUCUUAACCACUAGCUUGUAAACUGACUCAGGAAUCACACCCAUGUAAUAAAAUAGCUGCCAAGGUGCUACCCAGUUGUGUUCCAGCAGGGACUAUGCUCUCCUCCCUCUUGUCUAACUUGUGGGAUUCCCUGUUCAGAUCAGAGGCAAAGGAGCUUAGUUAGCUAGGGAAGUUUCUGGGCUAUGGCUUGGGUGCUCUCUGCUGGUCACUCUCAGACACACCAACCAGCCUUUCAUUCAUUUAACAUUUCUUGAGCACCUACCAUGUGCCGGGCACCAUGCUGAGCAAUGGCGGCGACAAGUCCUGGUCCUUAUCUCAGGGAGCCCACAGUCCAAAGGGGAAGACAGCCUGGUAACCUGGCAACUUAAUGCACUAUAAUAAGAGCAGUUAUAGGGGAAAUUAUGAGGACCUUCACACAAGGAGUCCUGGUGGUACAGUGGUUAAGUCCUUGGUUUCUAACCAAAAGGUUGGUUGAAUUCACUAGUCACUUUGUAGGGGAAAGAUGUGGCAGCCUGCUUCUGUAAAGAUUACAGCCUUGGAAACCCUAUGGGUCUGUUCUACUCUGUCCUAUAGAAUCACUAUGAGUUGUUAUCAACUCGAUGACAGUGGGUUUUUUGUUUUUUUUUUCACAUCACACAUGUAAAUCGGCUCUGAAGAAGUUAGGGAGGCUUCCCAAAGGAGGUGACAUCUAGCUCACAGAUGUAUCCCUGCAUAGGUGCUUAGUAAAUAUUUUUGGAAUAAUCCUACCUCUGCACCCCUCCCCCAAAAGCCCUAACUUACUAGCUGGGGCUCAAAGGGACAAGCACUGGCCUCUGUCCCCCAACCAUCCAAGACCAGCAGCUUGACCCUAGAGACUGUUUCAAUGGCCAGAGAGAAUCAAGCAGCAGGUGGACCCCUCCCCAGGGUCGGGCUGAGGAACAGUGGAAGGAGGUGGGAGGGCAUUUCUGGUCAGGACCUCAGCAUAGCAGGAAGAGCAUGGGCUAGAAUCUGGCUCCUCCGCGUGACCCUGGGCAAGGCACUUAGCCCCUCUAAUCUUCAUUUCCAAAUAUGCAAUGAUAAGGUGGUAGUUCCUUCAGCGGAUUAAAUAAAACUGGGAAAGGAGUUAGCCCAGGUCAGGGACAGAGUGCUUAGUAACUGAUAGCUGUCAACAUUACCCCUUGAAACUGAUGGGCCAUUUGACAUGAGGAAAACGCAGCUCAGGCCCUGGAGAGUAAUCACUUCUGCAUAAUUGCAUUCCUCUCUAUAGGGUCGCUGAGUCUAAAUCGAUUUGACAGUAGCGUGUUGUUUUGGAGUUUUUUUUUUUUUUUUGGUUCUUAGGGAAAAGCAGUAAAUCAGAGAGGGCAUCUGGCCAGAUUUGGUGCAGGGUUAGGGGCAAGAAGCUGAGGCUGUGUCCUGGGGUCAUUUUCCCCUAGAGCCGCACCCAUGCCACAGGCAGGGCUUCAGCUUCUUUUAGGGGACUCACAAGAGUGUGCCUAGGGCCUUCGGAGUCCCAGUAGCACCAGGCUAGGCCGGGGAGGAGGAGCGCAGAGGUAGGGCCUUUGCUUCCUGGGAACGGAGGUGGGGUGCUUUAUGGGCUGCGAGUUCAGCGGGGCUGAUGGAGGAGAUGCAGAGAAGGCAUCCUGGAGCCGGCGCCCCCGAGGAAAACGGAGACGGCAGCCGAGGGCACACAGCACACAGGUCCUUUUAAGUCGCUGGGGAGGAGGCUCCCUCCCCAAGCCCACUAGUCCCAGCCCCGGCGUCCCGCCCCUCGGCUGCCCCGCCUC